GCUUGCUAGUAAUAAUAGUGUGUCAGCAUCUGUGGCUGUCCUAGAAAUGCUUAAAGGCACCAUACUUCAGCCAUGUUCGUUUUCAAUGGGGAAUCCAUACAACGCCCACACUUCCUGUGUCCAGUAAAAUGUAUCAUCAUCGUGUAGACUGUAGACUAAGCCGUCAUGCUAGUAUUGCUUAGCCUUAUACUGCUUGAUGGCUCACUGGGAGUAGCUCAAGGUGCCAUUAUCCUGAUACUAACUCUAACUCAUUCAUCUCUUAAGGGAAUUCAUGAUCUGGCAGCUUAAUUAGUAUCUCCUGAUUCCAAUGAAUUGCUAUCUUCUAAUAUGGAUAAAGGUUCUGAAUUCUGUGCUACGUCUCCUGAGGUUGAAAGUAAAGCUAAUGCUGAUCAGAUUUUUGGUGGCGAUCCUUUGGUUGAUCCUUGUCAUGAUUCAGUGAAUGAAGAAGAACAAAAUAUGUCAGCAGCAGCUUCUGAAUCUUUGAUUUCUGCAAAGGUUGACAGUCAGUCAGUAGAUCUGUUGCUUCAUGAAGGAACUACUCUUAGUAAUGAGGUCAAAGAAGCAAGAGAAAUUAUAGUGGCAGAUGUGAAAGAUGUUGAAGGUCAUGUUAAAGUUGAUGAGCAGAAACUGAGAAAAGAAGGGAAUGAGUUUGAAUCAUCAGAGACUAAUGCUGAACCUGGAACUGAUGUCAAAAUUUUGAACAACACAAAUAUUUGUGCUAGUACUUCUGCUAUCGGAGAUUCUCCUGGUCCUGAAAGCAUUGAUCCCAGUUAUCCUAAGGAGGAGGAACUUAUUUACGAAGGUGAUGUUGACCAUGAAGAAAGAGUGGAUGAUGAAGAUAAGGAUGUGCUGAUUGUGGAUGUCAACUCAAAAGAAUUAGAUUUAGGAGUUGCAAAUGAUAAAGUGAAGUCUUCUGUACCUACAUGUAGUGACGGAAAAGUCCAAAACCGAAAACCUCAGAGUGCUGAUGGGGAAUCCAGUAGCAGUUGUAAUCUCUGGGUUAGUUCUUUGGCUCCUCAUGUGUCUGCAGCUGAUCUGAAAUCCUUCUUUUCUUGUUGUGGACAAGUUGAAUCAGUGAAAGUUGUAGCUCGGGCCAGUAAUAAAGGAGAACGCUUUGCAUUUAUUGUAAUGGGGUCACAUUCUCAAGCAAAAAAAGCAGUCGAAGAUCUUAAUGGCAAGGAACUUAAAGGAAAAUCCAUACAUGUUGAAAUUAAGAAAUCCUCACCCUUUUCUGGGAAGGAAAAAGUAAAGCAAAAAAUUGUUAAAAGUGUGGAAGCUGUGGAUGUUGAUGUUAAUAAAGAUUCUACUUCUCUUGGUAUUUCUCACCGAACUGCUAUCUUAUCUAAAAAAAGUGGCGAUUCUGGUAUUGAGAAAGAUUUAGAUUUGUCAAAUGGAAAUGAAAAGUCAAGUCACAAGCCUUUAUUAGAGAAGACGGUCGGUAACCGCAAAGACAGUUCAAAUUCUAAAAGAAUUGUUUCAGUCGAAAGGCAGGAUGGUCGCAAAGAGUUGUUUACUACUCAUAGGAAGGCUGAUGGACGGCCUAGAAGUCGUAGUCCUCAUAACAGGAGGCCUUCAUCAACAAGGGGAAGGGUGGUAUCUCAUCGCCUUAGCCCAGCUAGAGACAUUAACGUCAGUCCUCGGCAAAGAUUUAUUUCACCUCCAAGGCCACGACAUAGCCCUCCGCGGCAUUAUGAUGUGCCUCCACGAUCUCGUCGAUUGAGCCCUGAUGCUAGACGGUCAAGUCAAUCCUCUCGUCGAUUAAGCCCACCUUUGCGUUGCGUUAGUCCACCAUCACAUCAGAGUCUGCCUCCCUACCAGAUUCAUUUACGAAGUCCUUCCUAUCAUUCAUCUAAUCGUAGGCUUGCGUCAUCUCCUCCUUUGUCAUCUGUGAGGAGUAGUCCAAUGUUUAUAAUGGAAUCUCGUAUGCAUCACAGGUUAGGGUCACAGAUAAUUGAUUCCCAAGAUCUUCAUCUAAGAUUUCGUGAUGAAAGAGAUCAUGUAAUUAGUGACAGAGAAAGAGAAGCACUUAGAAGAGAUGUAGAAUUUAGACAAUCUCGUAAAGAACAAGAGCUUUAUCGUCAGAUGCGUGAGUUACAAGAACGUGAAAGCCAUGGCAGAGAUGUCUUAGAACGGCAGCAAAAAGAGCUUCAGGAGCUUCAGAAGACAUUUCGUGAAAGAGAAGCCUGCUUGGAAGCUAAAGAGAGAGAGUUGAAGGCCAGGGAGGUUCGUGAAAGGGAUAGACUAUCUGCUAUAGAAAGACAGAAGGAAAAAGAAAUACGAGAAAAAGUUCAAAGAGAGUUUCAAAGGAGUAUGGAAGAGCGUGAAGAGCGACAGAAGAAGGUAAUGGAAGAGCAUCUGCGUGUGCACCAGAAGCUAAUGUUGGAAAAAGAAAAAAAGCUUAAAGAACAGGAGGAGAGAUUAGCAAGUUAUAAGGAAGAAAUGAACCGCCGACAGAAAGAAGAAGAAGAGAUAAAGGAAAGGGAACGUAAUGAAAAUGAGAGAAAAGAGCGGGACAAUAGAAAUAGAGGAGCAGCAAUUAAACGAAGCUAUAAUGAAGAGUAUCCAGCAUUGUCAAAAAGACAAGCUGUUGAUGAUCCAAGUGUUUUUGGUAGGUUGGGUGGACGUGACAGUCAAGUAGUUGCUCACAGCAAUCAUUCAUCAAUAGGUCAUGUUGGGUCUUCACAACAAGGACAAUCAAGGCCAGUCGUUAAAGAAGCUGUUCUUGCCAACAAUGUGACAUAUCGACGAUUUGAGUCACCCAAGUCAGGAAAUCGUUUGUCAGCCACUAAUCCAUAUUCACAGAGUCAGUCACGUAGUAACAAGGUGCCAGACCAUCAAUUUAAUUCUAGCAGUAACAAAAGAUACCCACCUUCUAUGCCUGAAUCUGUUACUUAUCCUCCUCCCAUGAGAUUUAGUGGUCAGCAUUAUCGUGGUGAUAGUUCUAAUGUUGGAUAUGGUGGUACUGCUGGUGGUACUGAAAUUUCUUCCCUUCCCUUUUCAACUGGUAAUCCAAAAAUUACUGAUGCUGUUCCUCCACUUAUAGAUCGUGGCCAAGAUUAUUUGUUGUCACAUGUUUUAAACAAUGUAAAGAGAAGUGGACCACCUGUGCAUCAUCAGCCAGUGCCUCCACCGAUAACUUCGUAUCCCCGUCGUAUCGAGCUGCCUUACCAUCCUAAUUUAAGAGGCUCUGGCUUUAAAUAAAAUUCAAAAAAUAAUAAUACCUAGUCACCUGCACGAAUUCUUUUAGUUGUUUUGAAAGUACAUGUACAGUUAUGCUAUAGUGUAAUAAGGUCCAAGGGUUACAAUGUAAACUUGCAUAUAUGAGCUGGAACUAUUGCGAACAAUGUUUUGUUGCAAAUGGAAUGUGAUAAUGUUUUAUUGAUGAAAAGUUCACUUUCUGUUGGUACUUCUUUUUGUAUUAAUGUGCUUACUCUAUUGAUUUGUCCUUUCAUGAUUUUAGUUAAAUGAAAAUAAUACUUUUUAAUAGAUGGCACCCUAGUGCGUUUGUGAUUGUAGUAACAUUUACAUUGUAUUUACUUUGUAUUCAUAAUAUCAUUUCUCAUAUUAUCAGAAGUUGCAUGUUUAUUCAUGUUUUUGUUGGACUUCAGUAUUGAAGCAAAUUCUAUAG